UUCGCAAGCCUCGAGCUUCCCUAUUUGUCUCUUCCGUUCUGGUGCUUUCCGGCACAAAAAGGACAAACUGGGGGGUCGAGAGAGGCAUGCCUCUGUUAGCGGGCUGUUGAGUGUGGCCACCCCCCAGCGUCCCUGAAUAUGUACACCUGUGCAAAGUUCGUCUCAGCUCCCGCCCUUGUGAGGAACAGUUCCCGGUUGCUCUGCAGGCCCAUAUCUGCUUCUGUCCUGAACCGGCCUGAGGUCAGGACGGAUGAGCCCCGCUCCAUUUCAGCUACGCAGCAUGAGCUCUUGCCGGUGUUGCGCCGGGCGUUCCAAACGAGCACCAUUUCCAGGGACAUUGAUACUGCCGCCAAGUUUAUUGGCGCGGGCGCUGCCACUGUGGGCGUGGCAGGCUCCGGCGCUGGCAUCGGGACCGUAUUCGGCAGUCUCAUCAUCGGUUAUGCCAGAAACCCUUCCCUGAAGCAGCAGCUCUUCUCCUAUGCCAUUCUAGGGUUUGCGCUAUCCGAGGCCAUGGGGCUGUUCUGCCUGAUGGUGGCAUUCCUUAUCCUCUUUGCUAUGUGAAGGAGUCGGAUGUGCCCGCCUGCUGUGCGCUCCCCUCUCAUCCCUCUGUGUUUAGUCUCGUGUGUGCUCCAACCUGAUUGUUCUGCGGCAGAUAGGGAGAGCCCGUCUGUUAACUGCAUCUGUCUGGCUCAGAGGGGGAAAGCAAAUAAAUACUGUAUUGAUAUACA